AAUCUCGUCUCCAAGGAAACGUAACACUUUCAUUUUUUUUUUUUUUACCAACCUCGCAAGGCGUUUCACACUCAUUAAUUCUCAUUAAUUCAUACUGGCACCGGCUCCAUAAUGGAGAGGCGUCCGACCCCCGCUACCUGCCGGACCCGUAACCUUGCGGGGCCCGAUCCCGCUUUCCACAAGCAAUGAGAAGCAUUAGCAUAGCUACAGAAGGAAUACAACGAAGUUGCUGCUAUUUAUCAGUUAUCUUUAUCCUGUAGGAGGCAAUGCCGGUUAAAGGGGAUUUGGAGGAAGAGAUGCCUCUACUUUCGAGCGGUGAUUUUCGUUUCCAACAGCAGAUGGCGCUGCCGUGCAAGUGAAUAGGGGGAGCGCUCCAUCCGUAGUGCCGCAGCAGCAGCAGUGUAGUGAAGCGGUGUAGUGAAGCAGUGUACUAGUGUAGUGAAGCUCUGGUCGCCUUCAGUAGCAGUUCAGCACCGCGGCCAGCUCCCGGCUCGCUCUUUACUACUUGCACUGAGAUAUAAGCACCGCUGCUCGUGCCGGUGUGGGAAGUGAGGAUUAAGGAUGGUGAAGCUGGGGAGUAAUCUAAGCGACAAGAACAAGGAGCCUUCUGGUGAGGAUGGGUUUCAGACUGUCCCCCUGAUCACACCCUUGGAUGUUAAUCAUCUGCAGUUCCCUGCUCCAGAGAAGGUGGUUGUGAAAACAAGAACAGAUUAUCAGUCUGAACAAAAAAACAAGGGUAAAAUUCGGGUGCCAAAGAUUGCUGAGUUUACUGUCAGCUUCACGGAUGGGGUGACAGAAAGGUUAAAGGUAACAAUCCUAAUAAGUCUGGCCCUUGCCUUUCUUGCCUGUAUAGUAUUCCUUGUGGUGUAUAAAGCCUUCACAUAUGACCACAGCUGUCCAGAUGGAUUUGUCUACAAGCAUAAGAGAUGUAUACCAUCUUCUUUGGAUGCUUAUUAUUCAGCACAGGAUUCCAACUCACGGGGAAGGUUCUACACUUUAAUCAGCCAUUACAGCAUGGCCAAGCAAACAAGCUCACGGUCUUUGUCUCCUUGGCUAUCUUCGGGAACCACCAACCAUGAAGCCAAGGCAAGUAAAACAGAAGGUCACUAGGAAGUCGUGUGAACAAGGAACAUCCCUGUUUCCAGGCUCCAGGGCAUGGCUGAGGUGACAUGCGACUUUAAGGAAGUUAAGUUAAAAUAAACUUGUGGGAGCCGUUGAAAGAAACAAGCAAACCUUUCUUUUUGUGCAUUGUUAUUGUUUAUUUGUUACCGAGUCACAACUUUGUACAAAGGCAUGUUCAGUGUUGAUUGUUAACUUGCAAUGUAAAAAAAAAAAAUCAUCUAAAAAAUUGACAAACUUCUUGUAUAGCUUUUUUUUUAAAGUCAUUGCCAAAUGUAUAACCAUGGAUCUCACUGUUAACUUACUAUAAGAUGCAAAAAUAUGCAAGAGAUUAAUGUUUUGCUUUUCAGUAGAUACUGUUGAUUUAUCAUAGGCAUAAUAGAGGACUGGAGAAACCAUUGGAGCACAUUCUGGAAUAGAACUACAAAACUCCUAUCUCUUGGCGAGGGUUGUACACCAAGUAGUGAUGGGCGAAUUUAUUCGCCAGGAGCGAAUUCGCGGCGAAUUUGCGCGUUUCGCCGCCAGCGAAUAAAUUCGCGAAACGCCUGCGAAAAUUCGCGGAAAAAAUUCGCCGGCGUCAAAAUUUUUUUUCCGAAAAAAUGGACGCCGGCGCCAAAAACGGGCGCCGGCGCCGUUUCGCGAAUUUUUCGCAAAUUCGCCCAUCACUAACACCAAGCCAUUUUUGCCACAAUAUGGCAACAGGGAAGAUUUCUCAUGUGGUUGGUGUGUGUAGUUUCAUAGCCCACCUCAAUGGAGGUUUGUGACAUACAGUAAGUGCUAAGAUAUAAUUGGUCUUUUACAAGCAGAAAGACACUGUGCAAAGAAAUUUACAUAAUCUGCUAUUUUUGGUACUUUGCAUAUCUUGUUGCUUGGAGAAAUUGCUGCAGGUCUCUGUGCUUUAUAUGAAAGCACCCAGACCUGUGGCCCCCAGUGAAUACAGCUCUGCCUGUAUUCAGUAGCACUAUAUUCAUGAGGAGUAGGCAGGGGAUGGCAUGUAGACAUCCCAGCUCCUGUUUCCUACCCAUCCCCUAACUUGUGGGUCUUUCAGACUUGCAAGUUUGGGAGCAGAAGCAUAUGCAGGCCUCAACUGUGCCCUUUACUAACAAUUUGUCCUAUGGCAGAUCUGCACUCUGCAUGCUCUUACGCCCCUUAGUUCUAUUGUACUUCUUUCCCACAUUCCCAUAGUCUCUAAUAUUCCAUGAAAGACACAAUCUAAAAAGGAAACAGGCAAAGGAAAAAACAUGUUACCUAAUGCAUUGCUUUUAAUCCAAGCUCCAUUUUGGUAGUAAGAAAUAUGAAGAGCUUUUUAAAAUGUGCUGUGCUACCAAGUGUACUCAUAAACCUUAGGUAAAGAUGUGAUGUGUGCUGUUCCAGAUUCCUAGUGCCGAACCUUUCCUUUUUCUGCUUUUUUUCAACUCUGUUUCACCUGUAAAUGUAUUGUCAUUCAACAAGAAAAAACAAAACAACUCAAAAAAAAGAAAAAAUAUCACCCAAUCAAAUGUUUCUAAUUCUGUGGUGUGUUUCUUGUUGGUAGCUAGCAAAGAAUGGAGUCAUUUUGGUGUGAUUCUUGCACUGUUCUCGACAGGACAGAAAUAAAGCUGGAAGUGUCAGAAAAA